AUGAUCCGGGACCUCUUUAAAGUCGAGACUCUCGACGUUCGAUUCGCUUCUCCGACCGGGCAACCUCACAAGACUGCUCAACCGUCAAAAUGGAAUACUCCGGAGUAUUACCUCUACUAUCUGGUCUUUCUGACCAUUCCAUUCAUGAUGUUCAAGUCUGUCUACGACGUCUCACAACCUGAACAUCCGGGCUAUCAGAACUAUGAGAAACUUCUUUCACCGGGCUGGAUUCCUGGACGAAAGGUCGAUAACUCGGAUUCGCAAUACAGCGGAUUUCGAGAAAACAUCCCGUACAUGACCGUCCUUUUGCUGCUGCAUCCAAUUCUGAGGAGAGGCUACGAGAAGUUGAGGUCAGGGGAUGCCACCAACAAAGUAAAUGGGAAGCCUCCUGCUGGGACAUCAGCCUCAAGAACCUCGGAUGCCAGAUUCAGUGCCCGGGCAACUUUCGAUCUCGGAUUCGCGAUCAUUCUGCUUAUUGCAUUGCACGGCGUUUCCACGAUCAAGAUCUUCCUAAUCCUCUAUAUCAACUUCAAGAUCGCCACUGCAUUGCCGAAGCAGCAUGCGGGGGUUGCAACAUGGGUCUUCAACGUUGGCAUUCUCUUCGCCAAUGAACUUGGAUCAGGCUACAGAUUCGGAGAUAUCGCAAGAAUCCUCCUGCCCUCCACGACUUCCAGCGUGGAGAAGCCGUUCACAGAGAAUUGGGGAACAUGGCUGGACAGCUACGGUGGUCUCCUUCCACGAUGGGAGAUUCUCUUCAACAUCACAGUGCUCCGAUUAAUCGCCUUCAACUUUGACUAUCUGUGGAUGCUGGAUCGUCGUGCCGGUAGUCCAGUUGAGAAGAAAAACCUCGAUGUCACUGCUCUCCCCGAGCGCGAACGCGUUUCCAUCGGUGCGCAACCUCACGACUUCACCAUGUUCAACUACUUCGCAUACGUCCUCUACUCGCCUCUUUAUCUCGCUGGUCCCAUCAUCAAUUUCAACGACUACGUUUCUCAGAGUCGACAUCCUCUGUCUUCAACAUCACUUUCUCGGACAAUACCCUAUGCCAUCCGCUUUGUCCUGUGCGUGCUCUGCAUGGAGCUCGUCCUGCAUUACCUUUACGCCGUGGCCAUCUCCAAAUCAAAUCCGAACUGGUCGGAAACCUACUCACCUUUUCAACUCUCCAUGCUGGGCUACUUCAAUCUCCACAUCGUGUGGCUGAAACUCCUCAUUCCCUGGCGUUUCUUCCGCCUUUGGGCUCUCCGAGACGGCAUCGACCCACCCGAGAACAUGGUCCGCUGCAUGUCCGACAACUACUCCGCACUAGCCUUCUGGCGAGGAUGGCAUCGGAGUUUCAAUCGAUUCGUGGUGCGGUAUAUCUACGUACCGAUGGGCGGGUCGGGACAGGGCAAGAUCAGGGCGAUGGUGAACUACCUGUCUGUGUUCACAUUCGUGGCAUUGUGGCAUGACAUCAACCUGAGGCUGCUCAUGUGGGGCUGGCUGAUCUCGCUGUUCGUGCUUCCGGAGGUCCUUGCGACGUUGGCAUUUCCAGCGAGAAAAUGGCAAGACUCGCCUACGAAGUAUCGCAUACUUUGUGGUAUCGGUGCCGUCGGCAAUAUUCUGAUGAUGAUGGCAGCGAAUUUGGUAGGUUUCGCGCUGGGCUUGGAUGGACUGAAGGGACUUGUAGAUGGAAUUGUGGGCAGCUUGGGUGGACGGGUGUUUCUGCUGGCGGCGUGUUUGACAUUAUUCGUGGGCGCGCAGGUCAUGUUUGAGAUUCGGGAAAGCGAGAAGAGGAGAGGAGUCUGGCUGAAGUGUUAG